AUGAGGACGACGACCAUCAUCCUCCACCUGAUCCUUGGCUGUCUCCUUCAGAUAACAUGGGGGAGCGCCGCAGAUUCCUGCUCCAUAAAGGAGUUACCCAUUAAUUUCAAAAAGAUAAGUGGCCUGUGGAACCUGAAGGCCAUAGCGUCCCGUCCCUCACUGACUUCCCUGACUGUUCUGAAUAAAGUGCAUUAUUCCUAUGCCAAAAUAUCUCUAUCAAAGAAGGAGGGAAGAAUAGCAGAAAUCUUCAAUCCCAUAGAGGGGAUCAGCGAUGACCCCAUUAUUAUUGAGAGAGUGGAAGAUGAGAAGGAGACGCUGACUUACAGAAAUAUUGACAAGAAAGCUCCUGGGUUGUUUACAUUUCGUUUAAUUCAUCCUUCUGUGUUAAUCGUCAACCGUGAAUCAAAUGGGAAUGUUCAAUCGUCCUCUCUAUACGUAAAAUCCUCUACAAAUCCAGAUACACAGCUGGAAAAAUUUAAGGAAUGGACCAAAUGCAAAGGAUUGAUCUUUUUUAAGGAGUUUAAAAACACUGUGGAUUAUGCAAAGAAAUGUUAUGGACUUCUUGACGUAAAGACACCUCUGAAUCUGGAGAAAAAUGAGGAUACAUUUACUACUUGGCAUCUUGUGGCAAAGUCAACCACUUCUAUGGACCAACAUUAUAAUGUGAGAUCCCUCUACACCGCCCGGCUGGAGAUCUGUGGGAAAGAACAAACUUUAAAAGAGAUCAUCUCAGCGCCGAUUGAUAACGUCAUCUUCGAGCUGAAAUUUGACAAGCCAAGUGAAGAUGGCAGUAUAGCUUUGCUCUUUGAGACUGAGGACGGUUUGCUGCUGUUGGGGGUACGAACGAAAACAGGAAGAAGCUUAUAUCUUGCAUCCAAAACGCCAACCAUAAAACAAUCCAUCAUCGACAAAUUCCAGGCCCAGGCUGUGUGCUUUGAGACCGAGUAUAAUUACAUUAUACCAGGGAGCAUCAAGGAAAAUGAUGGAGAAGAAGUUUGUGCUCGUCAUCUGAAGGACAGGGUGCCCACUACUUUACCAGAAUCUUUAGGCAAAUGGAUCCUGAUGGCCUCAGCCUAUGAAAAUUUGAGGACGGUUCUUAUAGAACAACUAUUAUAUAAGGAAACAGAAUAUACUCUUGUAAACGACAAAGUGCACCAGGUCAUCACUUUAAAAAUCGAGACUGAGCCUGAUGAAUCACAACCAGGUUUGGGUAGGGGAUCUACAACCACGACUACAGAGACCCAAGGAAUUGAUAUAGAAGUAGAUGAGACUACUGGCGUUAUUAUAUUUACAGAUUUCCGACAGAAUGAAACAUCCAUCCACAGAGUGGGCCCCAACUGCAACAUUUUCUCAUCUCAGGGAAAAAGUCUUCUUACCUGUCGCAAAAACCAUGUUCCUCCUGUCAGUGAUAUUAUUCAGUUUGUGAAGUACGCGACUUGCCAAAACUUGAACAAGAUUUUGAUCCACCAGCCUUUAUCAUCUUCGUGCUCAGAGGUGCCCACUGAGGUUCCUACCCUAGAUGUGGAGAAGAUUGCCGGUAGAUGGAAGCUCGCUGCUGUGUCCUCCAAUCUUGAAGACGGUGAUGUGAAGUUUCCAAAUGUUUUCAUUUUUAUUGUGAAGGAUGGGGAGGUGACAAUCACAGAUGGUACCUGGACGGGUGCAGCCAAGAGGAUAGGAAAAAAUCGACUUCAAUAUGGCGCAGAUGAUGGUCAUGUAAUGGAGAUGAGAUUUUACGAACCUCUAGAAGAUCACCUGCUGAUCUGGUUUGGAAAUGGAGAAAAGAAAUUCUUGGUCCUCUUCUCUAAUGCCGGCCACGCCAGCCCCGAAGAGAUCAUAAGGUUUAAACACUUUGCAGCCUGUUUGUCAACCCAUGUGGUAUUUCAGAGGGAUUAGAGAUAAAACAUCUUCAAGCUGUAAGAGGAUUUCUGGCGUUCGAUAUUCAUUCCAAGGAUCUAAGUGAUCAUAGUAAAAAUAAAGACAAUUUCUUUGUAUCCACACUAGACUACUAUUUUUUUCAUUUUGUGUGAUA